CAGGAAGAGCAACAUGCUGACUUGUCUAAUUGGAUGAAGCACAAGGACAGACUGGAAAUGGAAUUACAUGAAACUGAAAAAGAACUUUCUGAGAGUAAGAAAUUGAAUGAACUGCUUCAAGAAAACAUUUCAAGGCUUUCAGUAGAAACAGAUUCCCAACACAAAAGUGUUGAUUCACUCACAUUGGCUCUUAAUAAGCUUCAGCAGCAAAGUGCAGAGCAUGAAGAGGAGCUUGAAAGAGAAAAGAACCAUGUAAAUGAAUUAGAGAAAGAAAUUUCCCUCCUAAAGGACCAAAGACAAAAGUUCACAGAAGAAGCUCAAAGACUGGAAAAUGAUAAGAUAAAUUUUCAGAAACAAACGGCAGAACUUGAAAGUAGGUUGUCAGAACUCGUGCAGAAUGAAGAGUAUCUUCAUUCUCAGAUAGCUGCAGAGCAAAAGGCCAAAACAGACUUGGACAGUCAUUUGUUGGAAGAAUCUAAAGCAAGCAUACAAAAAAUAACACAGCUGCAAUUUGAACUGAGUGAAACAAAGUUAAAUUCUUUACAGAUGGAGACCCUGAAAGAAGAAAAUGCUAAGCUGCUAAUAAAGAUUGAACAGUUGGAAAUGACAAUACAGGAGAUGGAAAGUAACUUAGAAACAAGUGGAAAAAAUCUUUCUGCUAAAUAUACAGAACUUGAAACUGAAAAGCAAAUGAUAAUGAAUACCACUGGCAGAGAGAAAGAAAUUCUUCAAAGCAGUUUGCAACAGUCACAGGAUAGAGAAAAGGCUCUUCAGCAAAAGACCACAAUGCUUGAGACAAAACUUGCCCAACUCCAUGAGCAGCAUAGUCAGAUGCGUGGCAAACUCAGCCUUGUAGAGAAAAGGGAAAAGGAACUUCUUGAGCAGAUCACUGACAUUGAGCAGACAGUCAUCAUUCCCUGGAAACGGAGAAUUCUGAACUGAAAGAGGAACUGAUGUCCAAGAGGCGGGAACAAGAGGCCCUGAACUUGCAGGUAGACAAGCUGGAGGAUCAGGUGAGGGGAGAUGCAGAGGAACUUGAAGAACUUAGAAAAAGUGUCAAUGACCUGGUGCAAAUUCGAGCAGACCUUCAA